AUGGCUGGUCUUACGUACCAGCAGCAGCAGGCUCUACUGCAACGCGUAAAUAGUCUCGAGAAACGGAAAUCCCAGGUUGGGGCCCACAUGUCGUCGGGUGGAACGCCGGGUGCGGACUCCGUCCACUCUGGGCAGACCCAAGCAGAAUCCCAACAGCAAAACCCCGUUGUCCAGUCAGCGCAGGAUAGGGUGUCUGACGUGGCACAAACGGACCAUGUGGUACACGUGCCGCGGGCGAGACAGGCUCACCAUGAAGGAGAACAGAAUCACGUCAGUCAGCGAGUGCCGCAUCAUAGGGUGUCGAAGUCGUCACAAUCCAACCACAUUCGAGCGUCCCGUCAAAAUCACUACCAGGGAGACCCGAACCAAGCAACUCAGCCAACACCGAGCAAUGGUGGAUCGCAAUCGAUGCAAACAAAUGACGUUUCGGAAAGGGUUCAGCACCAGGAUGAGCAGCAUCCAGCCAUAAAGCAGGAUGAAGGAAGCCAGAACGAACAACAACAGCGUGCGCCCCAGCAAACUCGAGUCCGGAAUAGUAGCCGGCGGACAAUCACCGAUCAGUGUUUAAGGCAAAGAGGAGGGAUUACCGGGAACACCUCUGGGUUUGUGCCUUCGCGAUCAGAACGUGAGCGCCGGCCAAUGGCCUCUCUUUUAUUGUUUCUGCUGACGAUAAUGGAAUCAUUGCAAGAGACCCAGUCUGUCUCACAGUCGAGGGUGACCAAGCAGGAAUAAAAGGGAUCGAGGGGUCCCUUGGGCGAUUGGUAUGGGCUAUCUUGGGGCUCUUUUCGCCUCCUCUCUCUCCCGUUUCUGAUGCUGGCGACCUAUAUAGGUAUAUGGGG